UUAGUUUCGAUCGAUAAGAUAUGUAUUCCGUUACUUUUCCUGCCCAGCAGCUCUGAAGCGUGUGGCAGACAUGCGUAAUCGAUCCCCGUUGACGACUCGGCUUCGAUUUGGGAUCUGUACAUGCUGAUGUGAACACGGAAACGCAAAAAUACGGAUAUAUCUAAAUAUAAAUCUAUAAGAGAAUAGAUCAAACGAAUUAUCCGCAUUAUCCGAGCAGAUCGGUGUGAGAUCCUGCUCAGGAGCUGAGAUAUAAGUGAUCGGAAGAGAGAGGAGACGGUUUUUCCUGGAAGAGAAGGGAUCCUCGCCGUCUUGUUUGCCCAAUGUCCGCGUCCGCAACCACCGGCGCUUCCCCCGCGGCCUCGCCGGGUUCCCGGCUCUCCACCCCGGCCGCAGGGAUGUCGGUGUUCCGCUGGCUGGAGGUGCUGGAGAAAGAGUUCGAUAAGGCGUUCGUGGAUGUGGAUCUGCUGCUCGGAGAGAUUGAUCCGGACCAGGCCGACAUCACGUACGAAGGCCGGCAGAAGAUGACGAGCCUGAGCUCGUGCUUUGCUCAGCUUUGUCAUAAAGCUCAGACUGUCUUUCAGCUCAACCAUAAACUAGAGGCCCAACUGGUGGAUCUAAAGUCGGAGCUGACGGACGUGCAGGCAGAGAAGACCGUGGUGGAGAAGGAGGUUCAUGAGCAGCUGCUCCACCUUCACACUCUGCAGCUGCAGCUCCAUGCCAAAGCAGGACAGACCGUCGACUCCAGCUCCAUUAAAGACAGGAUGCCUGUUGCCUCCGUCGAGGAGAUGGAAAAGGAACUGGAGGCGAGUAAGAGGGAGAAGGUGAAGGAGGUGAAGCUGGAAGCCGAGGUGAGGAUGCUGAAGAAAGAGAAUGAGGCCCUCCGCAGGCACAUCGCAGUACUGCAGGCUGAGGUGUACGGCGCUCGGCUGGCAGCCAAAUACCUGGACAAGGAGCUCGCUGGGAGAGUUCAGCAGAUUCAGUUAUUAGGUCGAGACAUGAAGGGCCCAGCUCACGAUAAACUGUGGAACCAGUUGGAAGCAGAGAUUCAUUUGCAUCGCCACAAAACAGUCAUCCGGGCCUGCAGAGGGCGCAACGACCCAAAGAAGCCCUUGCCAUCACCUGCAGGACAUGAUCCAGACUCUCUGAAGAAGACUCAAGGAGUUGGUCCAAUCCGCAAAGUACUUCUCUCUAAAGAGGACCAUGAGGGGCUCGGGAUCUCGAUCACAGGGGGUAAAGAGCAUGGUGUUCCCAUCCUGAUCUCGGAGAUCCACCCGGCCCAGCCUGCAGAGCGAUGCGGGGGGCUGCACGUGGGAGAUGCCAUAUUAGCCGUUAACAACAUCAACUUGAGGGACGCCAAGCACAAAGAGGCGGUGACCAUCCUCUCCCAGCAGAGGGGCGAGAUCGAGUUCGAGGUGGUGUACGUGGCGCCGGAGGUGGACUCGGAUGACGAGAACGUGGAGUACGAGGACGAGAGCGGGCAUCGCUAUCGGCUCUAUCUGGACGAGCUGGAGGAGGCCGGUAGCCAUGGAAAUGGACAUGCUGAUUCGGCGUCGCUGCAAGUUGUGGAGAAGCAUCUGAUGGCAGAUACAGCCGAGAACGGAGACACGGGCAUCUCCAGCGAGAGCCCUUCUGAGGAGACGCCCUCUAAGACGGCCGAGUCUCUUCAGAACUCCUCAUGAAGAGCCAGGCGAGACAGAAGGAACUCCGGUCCCCCACGUCACAGGGGGAAAAACAAAGACCGUGUAUGAUAGCUGUAAUAUACCAAGAAGUGUGUUUUGUACCGUAUGGACAUGACACCGAUUCAGAGUCCACUGGAGACCACACCGAGAAGAAACAAAGCGAGAACGGCUUCUCACACCGGAGUCGUAUCCAGGGGCGAUGCCUUCUGAGUUAUCGUUUGUGGUCAGAAAAAAUGGCUGCGUUUGGUGUGUAUUUACAGAGAAACAGCUCCAGAUUCAUGGGAUAAUGUGACGGGUGUAUUUUUCUUUUCUUUUUUUUCUUUUUUUUUUAUUAUAUAUAUCCUUUGUGUGCAGUUACUGAUCCCCCCCCAGCAGGUGAAUUAGACCUGAGCUCUAACGCUGUACUGGGGUAUUAAUAAAAAUAAUCUAAUCUCUUCUUUCUGUAAAUGAAUCGGAUAUAACAUUGGAGGUUAGCAUACGGCAUCUAAUCAUGGUUGUGUGUAAGGGUCAAUCCGUCUCAAAUCGCUAGAUCUUUAAAAAAAACUGAGCAUCUCAGAUUUGCUUUGUAUUUUCUAGGAAAUAAUGUAAUUCUCGAAAGAAAUAUUGGGCAAAGAUUCAGGCUUGUAGAUGUAGAAGUAAAAAAAGGGGGACAUGGCCCUGUAAAAUCCAGUGCUACAUUUAAGGUCCAUAUGUUUUAAAUAAUUCAUGCAUAAUAUUCAGGGACCGUAGUGUAAUAUUUGAACUUCUAAAACAGAAGGUCCCAUGAUGAAUAUUUGCAAGAUUCAAUCUUUCAAAGAUUUCAAUUUCCUCCAUCCAGCCUGAAUAGUCCAAGGGAAACUUGAAGAGCUUUUACAGGACCACGGCCCCUUUUAAUGCAUCUUUAUCUCUGCAAUCAAAAAUCGACGGUUAUUUGGGAGGCUUCUGGUGAUUUCAUGAUGAUUUUCCUGUUUUGUACAUGUCAUUUUUAGCGUCUUCCUGGUGUCGUUUCCACUUGUGGUAGGGUUUGGUGUAAUGUUAUGAUUCAGAUCAUCUGAGGGAUUGUGUGAAAUGUAUUUACUUUAUUAUCCAGGGUAAGAGGGAUUUGUCCUGCUGAGUGAGUAUGCACUUAAAUUCAUUUCCAAGAAAAAAAGAAAUGACUUUGCAGUGAA